GCAGCAUUCCUCAUACUCCCCUCUUCACUCUUCUUCUUCUCCCACUGAAUCCCCAAAGUGCCAUCAAUACUUCCUAAUAUCAACAUCGCCACCACAAUGACCAUCCAUCAAGCGGGUACCGCCGAUAGUUGGCACGGCAUCAUCCCGAGCACCGACUUCCCCGCCGAACCCGACCGCUACCACCUGUACAUCGGACUCUUCUGCCCAUUUGCUCACCGCGUCAACUUUGUCCGACACCUCAAGGGCCUCACCGACAUCAUCAAAACCAGUGUUGUGCGAGCGUACCCGAAGGGAGAUCUCAAAGGCUGGCCGGGAUGGAAGUUCCCUGAAUCGGACGACGAGUACCCCGGGUCAACGGUGGAUCAUCUAUACGGAGAGGAUUACCUGCAUAAGGUAUAUUUUCGGGCGGAUCCCGAAUAUAAAGGACGGUAUUCGGUGCCGCUCUUAUGGGAUACGAAGACGGGGACAGCAGUUUGUAAUGAAAGUCUACAAAUGCUCCGCUGGCUCCCCAAAGCAUUCAACUCCCAGAUCCCGUCAUCGCUGGCGGAAAUCGACCUCUACCCUAGCCACCUGCAAGCGCAGAUCGACGCUAUCAGCCCGUGGAUGCAAUCGGACGUGAACUCGGGGGUGUACAAGGCCGGAUUCACAGACACGCAGGAGGAAUACGACCGUAAUGUGGUCCGGGUAUUCGGGGCACUGAACAAGCUUGAGCGCAUUGUCGCGCAGAAUGGCGGCCCGUUCGUGCUAGGGAAGGAGAUGACGGAGUUGGAUGUGAUGCUGUAUGCGACAUUGAUUCGAUUCGACGUGGUGUAUGUGGAACACUUUAAGUGUAAUUUGGGGACCAUCCGUCACGAUUAUCCGGUGCUGCAUAACUGGCUCAAGGGCAUGUAUUGGGAUGUGAAGGCUGCGAGGGACACUACCGACUUCAAGCAUAUUAAGGAGAAUUAUACCAAGAGCCACUGGCACAUCAACCCUAAGGCGAUCACACCGCUAGGCCCGUACCCGGACAUCGAGGAGGGCGUGGAGAGAGAUUGGGCAAAGUUGCGAGUUGGAGGUGUGAAGCACCCGGCUGUGUUGGAACAUGAGGCUACUAUUCCCAAUGUAAGCCAGUAGACCUAUGUCCAGGAUGAUGGGAUAUACUGUUAGCCAUUACCGCAUUAUUUCUCGAUGAACAUUAACGCCAGCCAAGCCGGUCGGAAGUGUGCUCCGCAAGCUAGCCAGGAUAUGAUCAGCGGAUCUGCAGACUGAGAACGUUAUUUGAGCGACAUGCCUUGAUUUGAGCGAGUCGAAUUGAAUUGUGAGAUUUCCGAUUGGUGAUCUACUAUCAAAACUGGGAUGAAGUCUGGUUCGUCCAGCGUCGUACGUGUCCUGGACCAGCUAUCGACAGAAUGCAUCUAGAGCAGAGUACUUAUCAACCAACCACAACAUCUGUCAUAAAAAAACGAUUAGCC